AUGGUGAAAACUAGGGCACAGGCAAAACUCAAAAACAAAACAGUCCAAAUGACUUCUGAGGCUCCUGAGUCCACCUCACCAAUCACUGUCACCGAGACCGAACACGCGGUCAGAAUCUUGGCUAGCGGUCCAAUAACGACGGAUCGCACGGCCGAGUCUAUGGGAGAGAAAGCAGUAAUGGAGGAUCUGAUGGCGAAGUAG